CCCUAGGGCGAGCGGCGAGGAGGAGGCGAUCGACAAUGCAGCAGGCGCGCGCUCUCCGGCUCUCUGCGAGGCUCUUCGAUGCGGCGGCGAUGGCGGCGGCGGUGUCGCGCACGCGAGGUCGGUGGAUUCAUGCUAGCAGCAGCCUGGAAAUGCCGCUGCCGUCGCGGCCGGAUGUGAGCAAGAACAUCUCGCGGAUGAACAUGCCACCGGAGGGGCAGCAGCAGAAGAGCGAGCAGAAGUCCAAGAUCGACGAGUGGCUCAAUCCACCGCCGCCGCCCACGGAGCUCCUCCAGAGGAUGAAGUUCAAGCUCUCGGAUGCUUGCUCCAUGACGAUCUACUAUGGUGAUAUCUCCAAGUGGAAUGUGGAUGGAUUGAACGACGCCAUUGUUGCCCCGGCAAAUAAGAGACUCAAUGCAGGGGCUGCGGUUGAUGGAGUCAUCCACAAAGCUGCCGGGCCGAGACUUUUAUCGGCUUGCCAGAAGCUCCCGGACGUUGCUCCGCUUGGAAUCAAGUGCAAUGUUGGGGAAGCUGUGAGCACAAGAGCUUAUAAUCUCUUGGUAUCGCGUGUUAUCCAUACAGUCGGGCCUGUAUUCGAAGGCAAAGAGUCGGAUCCCGUCCUUGAACAGACCUACAAGAGUGCUCUCGCUCUGGGCUUAAAGGAGAACAUCAAGUUCAUAUGUUUUCCAGCUCUAUCCUGUCGCAUCUACGGAUACCCCUACUCUGAAGGUGCUGAAGUCGCGAUCAAAACAGUGAAAGAAAACUUCCAGGGCUACGCCCAGGUCGAUUUUGCGAUUCGGAACAUCGAAGGCUACGAAUGUUGGAUCGACGAGGCGUUCAAGCAUUUCACGGAGAUCAAGCAAAAGUGAUCAAGCGAAAGAUGGAAUCAUGUACAAAGCUCUUCGACUACUGAUUUAAAAUGGUAUCUGUCAUUCAGUAGAAAGCUGUGGAAGAGAGCUAUGGUAUUCCAGCUUGGAACUCCCGCCACGCAAAUUCCGGGACGUAAGAUCACGACACGUGGCAUUUUUCACGUGGGCAUAGUCCGUACGAGCGAGCUGGACCUUAGCUUUGUUGUUACUCCAAUAUCUGGCGAUUGGGGACAAGCCAGAGCCACUCUUUCCUCAUCA